CAGACUUUUAUUUUGAAGCGACUGUAUGAUUCUUAUUUUGAAGUCCGUUAGCGCCCUCCUCCCGGAAGUAUGCCCCGUCGUCUGCUGUGACAUCCUCCACUCUGUUAUCUGUGUGGGGGAUGGCAGCCUGCUAGAAGACGACUCCAGUGCAUCAGUUUGAGUUGUAUUUUCCUCAUUUUUAUAGCAUGUAGAUGUCAGAAAACUCAGAGUGACAAUGCAUAUCCUUACCCCGCAUGUGUACUGGGCUCAGCGGCACGGAGAGAUCUAUCUCCGGGUGGAACUGAGCGAUGCAACGAAUCUCGACAUCAGCUUGCAAGAAAAUAACACUCUUCAGUUCAGAGCACAGGGACAUGGAGCUAAAGGAGAUAAUGAAUACGAGUUCAGUUUGGAGUUUCUGGAACCUGUUAGACCAGAGAUCAGCCAUAGGUCCACCCAGCGUCAGGUGGACAUCAAGAUCAGGAAGCAGGAAGAGCGCUGGUGGGACCGGCUGACGCUGCAGGAGAAGAAGCCUCUGUUUUUGGCUCCUGACUUCGACCGCUGGCUGGACGAGUCUGAUGCUGAGAUGGAGCUUCAGGCUAAGGAGGAGGAGAAGAUAAACAAGAUAAGUGUGGAGUCAAGAAUUCGUAAAGACCCGUACCUCGGGCUCAAGAAAGGGUACUUGUUUAUGUACAACCUGGUCCAGUUUUUGGGAUUCUCCUGGAUCUUUGUCAACAUGACAGUUCGGCUCUUCAUUCUUGGUCAAGAUUCGUUCUAUGAUACUUUCCACACCACGGCUGAUAUGAUGUAUUUCUGUCAAAUGAUGGCUGUGCUCGAGGUCAUUAAUCCCUUGUUGGGUCUGGUUAAGACUGGAUUUUUUCCUGCUAUGAUACAGGUGGCAGGGAGGAAUGUCAUUCUUUUCGUCAUCUUCGGCAGUCUGGAAGAGAUGCAGAACAAACCUGUUGUCUUCUUUGUAUUCUACGCAUGGAGCACCAUCGAGAUCUUCAGGUAUCCUUUCUACAUGCUGGCCUGCAUAAACACAGAGUGGAAGUUGUUAACAUGGCUGAGAUACAGCCUCUGGAUCCCUCUGUACCCGCUCGGCACUGUGGCUGAAGCGGUAGCUGUGAUCCAGUCCCUUCCCAUCUUUGAUGAGACGCGUCUGUUCAGCCUCCGCCUGCCUGCGCUGCUGGGACAUUUUUUAAGCUUCUCCUACGUUCUGCAGCUUUACCUGGUCCUCAUGUUUCUGGGACUCUUCAUCAAUUUCCGUCACCUGUACAAGCAGAGGACGAGACGCUACCGCUCGAGGAAAAGGAAAGUCCACUAACUCAUCAGCACUUGUAGUUUCCACACACCCUGAACUGCUGUCCACUUAAAGAUAAAGCAGAGGUUUUCUUCUCCUCCAACUGCCUUUCCUCAUCCUUAUACUCACGCACUGAUGUUGGAGUUCUGGUCCCCUUUAUUCCUCCACUGGGUGAACUGUUAACAUCCUGCAGGCCAAAUCCUCUAAAUCCUACUGUACCGCUCGACAACUCACUGUUGAGCAGUCAUCAACUGAAAACACUGCACAGGGUGAUCGAGUACUGUACCAGAACCAUGUUUAUUCUCUAAACUAGAUUUCCGUCCAUAUCCGCAAUUACCAUCCAAGGUUUUGUUGUUUCUGAGAAUUCAUUUGAAAUAACAUGAAUAAUAUCAUGAAUAACAUGAUUUUUCUUUGUUUUUUUUUGGUUUUUUUGGUAUUAUGGUAGGUGUCCGCAGGGGCACCUCCCAGAGUUGGAUGCUUGAUGGGUGUGCCACUAGGCCCGUGGGCUGUCUGCUCCCCAAAUUGCAGAUCUGACCAACAUGGAUGCUUUUUUCUUAUAUUACAAAAACUGUUCUCUGAAGUAUGUCUCUGAAAACAUUUGAGACGAGAAGUAUGCCAUGCAGUAUCGUCAUUUUAGAUCGAUAACAGUGAUUUUAAAAGUUUUUCAAGAGUUUACAGAGACGGCAAGUCACACUGGAUGCCCCUGAUAAGCAUAAAGUAGCCUACAUUUAUCUUUAUACAAAUGCGGAGUUAAUGGCCCGUUUCUCAAAACGCAAUACUGCAUUACCAGAAUGCAUUGCUGAACUGCUUUGAUGAAAAACCGAAUGGGAAGCGUGGAUUUGAUAAGUCUUGUGACAUGUAAAAAAGAGAGGGGUUUACUUUGAGCAUAUAGGAGUCAUUAUUUUUUGAGUAUUAGAUUAUGUGGUUCAGGAAAACAAUUUCUGUCUACAAACUCACUGCAACAGAUAUGCUACUUUCACUUUGUUAACAUCUUUAUGUUAUUUAUAAAAUUAUGGUCCUUGUUGGUUAAAAAUAACAUUGUUACCCUUAAAAAGACUCUUCAAAGCAUGUUUUCGUUGUGCUUUUUGGCUAUUUAACACAAAGACCCAUCAUAGUCAGCACACCUUUUUUUCAUACUGAUGUGUGUUAAUGCAUUUGAAAGCCAAUGCGGUUUUGAUACUCUUCCUGUUGUGUGUUCAAGGAUGCUUCAGUAUCUGAGAAUAUAGAUUUCUUUUUUUUGCAUCUUCAAAGAUGCAAGAGAUAAGUGUAUUCAUCCAGUCAUCUCCCUGAUGUUUUCUUGUUUUCUCCUGGGUUUUAUUAGCUGAAAACACAGCCUGAAAACAAAAUGUUUUUUGAAUUAUUGAAAGUCAGAACUUACUUCAACGCAACCUGAGAGUGUAAAAAAUGUUCCUCCUUUCAGCAGCACAAAGACAGAAAUCUCAUGCAAGUUUCAAGUACAUUCUGAAAGUUUCGAUUCUGGAAAAAUCCAUCUGCAACGAUGUUAAGUUAAUAAGCUAAAACGCCACUUUUAUGAUUACGAAUCCAUUGAGAAAUGUAUUCACAUGCCUUUGCAUGAAAACACUGUGGUUCAUAACUGUAAACUGUCAGUUUUGAAUUUAAGCCAGAGGUGUGUUACCAACGCGAAACCUUGGAUGACUGUCAGUUGUUCACUGUUUUAUAUAUUAACAAAGCCAUGCAAAUAAGAGGGGAAUAUUCAUCACUGCCUUUUCCUCUUACUGGCCUUUAUUUUAGUUUUGUUGGUAACCUGCAACACACACCUCUGCUUGUACCUCAUGGCCUAAAAAUGUUUUGGUGAUAACUUAAUGAAAACCGAAUGAAGUUAAGUUUUUUUGUCCUUUACAAUCAGUCCACCUUUGAGCCUUUUCGUUAUUUUAUAUAUUUAUAUUUGUGUUUUACUGAAGAUUUUGCUUGUAGUUUGUUUGUAUGAGAUUGCUUUUUUUGGGGUUUUUUUAUUUUUAAAGGUGUGUUUUGGGAAGGAUAUGUGGACAUACAGCUUGAUUUAGAUAUUUUAUUAAGACAAACAAAUUGAACCUUGUUUGUAAGUCACAAUUAUGGUUUCCUGACAAAAAAAUAAACAUCAUAGUUCAUA